AUGAAUAAGACGACUUUUGCCAAAAGUUGGAAAGAUGCUACUUUGUUCCCGUACGAGCUCACAUUGAUCCUUGAAAACAUUUCACUCACAGACUUGCAGUUCCGCUCGGCCACGGGCGACCUGACCCUCACGGGUGACUUAGAUUUGAAGAAGACGAUUGACAGUGCUGAGAGCAAUGUCGCAAAUGUCGCCAAAUCAGCCAUUCACCAAAUAGAGAAUUAUGUCGAGAGUCUAGAUUUUGAACACCUCCCUGCCUUACCGACACUUAACUUGAGCCUUAAUCUAGAUACCGUCAAUGCUCUCCCAGACGCGCAGGUGCAUCUCGAGUUCGAUGACUUAGAGCUAUAUCUAGAUCUUGAUAUUCAGUUGUCUGAGCAAUCUACCUACACAUACCCUCUCUUCAGGACCGAAAGUCCAGAGGGAAUCUCUGUUGUGGGCCUCGAGGUCGGAGUCGUGUUCGGUGUUGACUUGGUCCUAAUCGCAGACGAGGAGGUUGAUAUUGGUACUGGCAUCCAUAUCAAGCUUGAUGACGGAGUUGCCUUUGAUCUGGCGAUGUUUAGCUCUAAUGUGUCGGAUGUUACAAUUCCCGGCGGCUCCUUCGAGUUUCUGCCUGUCACAAUAACGGGCAAAGGAGCCCUCCAUGCAGCAUUGAGCCUAUCAGUGGGCCUUGGAGUCGAGAUAGGAGACUCAGAUUUCCCGUCAGAAUUUAGUUCCGGUGUCGAGACUAAUGUCUUUGCCUACGUUGCUGAUUUUGGAGUGGAAGUCGACGCCGGUCACGAUGCUGGUGACAGCAUCAACUGCGACCUAGCCGCUGAAUUGGAGUACACUUUUGCUCUAGGCGCGGCAGCCGGGGCAACAGUCGCGGUUGACUCCCACACCUGGGGACCGGCUAUCAGUACGACCGUUCCGGUUUGGUAUACGACUUUGGCUAGUAUAUGUGCGGAAACAAAAGCAACGCCAGUUGCUUCUUCCCAGAUCACUCCUCGUGCAGCGCUAAAUCGGAGAGAUGAUUUAGAUGAUCUCUUCGGGUCGCCGACGACAACCACAAGUACAUAUACUAUCGUCAACUGUCUCUCCCAAGGGGUGGUAAACUGUCCCGUCAAUCUCCAAACAACCAGCACUGCGACGUCCGUCGUCAGUGUCCAAUCUGGGUCCUCGACAGCCGCAGUGAACACCAUCACGAGUGCUAUCCCAUUCGGAACAAAUGUUCAUAAGUUGGCAGCCACGUCAGGAGCGCCUACAUCAUAUGUUCCCUUCGCCACCGGAGGGAGCAGAAUCUUAGACGGAACAACCGACGGGACAAGCAACAAGCUUAUCAUUGGGCUAUGCAUUGGUCUAGGAGUUCCGUUCCUCGCGGUCGUUUUCAUAGGAUUCUGCUUCUAUAUCCGUAAGCGCAAACGGUACACUCUUGUCGAACGCAAAACAGAAGUAUACGAGCAGGAUGGGCAGGAUGGGCAGUACGGGCCUCCUGCAGCAUACGAUAGCCCUGGAACACACGUGAGAAUGGGGAGUAUUCCUAGAAAGCCGGUGGGCCAGUAUUGA